UCUUUUUUUUUUCUUCCUCUAACUAGCCACAUUUGGGGUUAGGUGGUGUAAUUUUCUGACGAAAUGAGGCUUCAAGGUGGUGGCCCUACAAAGGGUCGUCAAUAUUUGCCAAGAAUAUUGACGGCGUUGGUUAUAUUGGUUGUUGCUAAUGUAGUGUCGGCAGAUCCUUAUGUAUACUCUUCUCCACCACCUCCGGUGUAUGAGUACAAAUCACCACCGCCUCCUUCUCCUUCUCCACCACCACCGUAUGUAUACAAAUCUCCACCUCCUCCAUCACCUUCUCCCCAGCCUCCAUAUGUUUAUAAGUCACCUCCUCCUCCUUCUCCAUCUCCACCUCCACCAUAUGUGUAUAAGUCCCCACCACCUCCCUCACCGUCUCCACCUCCACCCUAUGUGUAUAAGUCUCCACCACCUCCAUCGCCGUCUCCACCACCACCAUAUUACUAUAAAUCUCCUCCUCCACCAUCACCUUCACCACCACCUCCAUAUUACUACAAGUCUCCACCACCACCUUCACCAUCACCACCUCCACCAUAUUAUUAUAAGUCACCCCCGCCACCUUCUCCUUCACCUCCUCCACCAUACUAUUACAAAUCUCCACCACCUCCUUCACCUUCUCCUCCACCACCUUAUUACUACAAGUCGCCACCUCCUCCAUCUCCAUCACCACCACCACCAUACUACUACAAGUCUCCUCCACCACCUUCACCAUCACCACCCCCACCAUACUAUUACAAGUCCCCACCACCACCGGCUAAAUCACCUCCUCCCCCGUACUAUUACAGUUCUCCUCCACCACCAGUGAAGUCUCCCCCUCCACCAUACUACUAUUCUUCACCACCACCACCAAAGAAAUCACCUCCUCCACCGUAUCACUACACUUCUCCACCACCACCGGUUAAGUCACCACCUCCUCCGUACUACUACUCCUCGCCGCUGCCACCAAAGAAAUCACCUCCUCCACCAUAUUAUUAUAGUUCUCCACCACCACCAGUUAAGUCACCUCCGACUCCAUAUUACUAUAAGUCUCCACCACCACCACCAAAGACGUCUUCUCCUCCGCCAUACUACUACACUUCACCGCCACCACCAACUCAUUACUAUCCUCCGCAUCAUCAAUUCGUGGUCAAAGUUGUUGGAAAAGUCUAUUGUUUUAGAUGUUAUGAUUGGAAGCAUCCAGAAAUGUCUCAUGGCAAGAAACACCUAAAAGGUGCUAUUGUUGAAGUGACUUGCAAGGCUGGUGACAAGGAAAUUGUGAGUUAUGGUACCACUAAGAUCAAUGGUAAAUUUAGCAUCACUGUUGAAGGAUUUGAAUAUCGCAAAUAUGGAGCAAAGGCUUGCAAGGCUAAACUCCACAAUGCUCCUAAGGAUUCAAAGUGUAGCAUUCCUACAAAUCUUCAUUGGGGAAUUAAGGGUGCUAACCUCAAAGUGAAGUCAAAGAAUAAAUAUGAAGUUGUUCUCUAUGCUAAACCAUUUGCUUAUGGCUCUAAGACACCCUACGCGAAAUGCCAAAAGCCCAAGCCUACACCUGCUCCGUAUUAUUAUAAAUCACCUCCACCGCCAUCACCAACUUAUGUUUAUAAGUCACCACCUCCUCCAACUCCGGCAUACGUUUACAAGUCUCCACCACCACCAUCACCAAAACCUUCACCUAUAUACUAUUAUAAAUCACCACCACCUCCAUCACCAUCGCCUCCACCUCCUUACUAUUACAAAUCUCCACCACCACCAACUAAGUCUCCACCACCUCCUUAUUACUACAAGUCUCCACCUCCACCAUCACCAAAACCCGCACCCGUAUACUAUUAUAAAUCACCCCCACCCCCAUCACCAUCACCACCCCCACCUUACUACUACAAGUCUCCACCACCACCAUCUCCUUCACCUCCUCCGCCAUACUACUAUAAGUCCCCACCACCACCAUCGCCAUCUCCUCCUCCACCAUACUACUACAAGUCCCCUCCUCCCCCAUCACCUUCUCCUCCUCCACCAUACUAUUAUAAGUCACCACCACCACCGUCACCAUCUCCCCCACCACCCUACUACUACAAGUCACCACCACCACCGUCACCAUCUCCUCCACCACCUUAUUAUUACAAGUCUCCACCACCACCAUCACCAUCACCUCCACCACCCUAUUACUACAAGUCUCCUCCACCACCGUCACCUUCUCCCCCUCCACCAUACUACUACAAAUCACCACCACCUCCAUCACCAUCUCCUCCACCACCCUACUACUACAAGUCUCCUCCACCACCAUCACCAUCUCCCCCUCCACCAUACUACUACAAAUCACCACCACCUCCAUCACCAUCUCCUCCACCACCCUACUACUACAAGUCUCCUCCACCACCAUCCCCCUCACCACCGCCACCCUACUACUACAAGUCCCCUCCUCCACCGUCACCUUCUCCACCACCUCCGUACUACUACCACUCUCCCCCUCCACCCGUGAAAUCACCUCCUCCACCAGUAUACAUUUACGCUUCACCACCACCUCCCAUCCACUACUGGGUUGGUGGUGGUGUUUUCCGGCGAAAAAUGAAGUUUAAUGGUGGCGGCCCCAUGAGGGGUCGUCAUUUGCGGCUGAUCUUAGUGGCGUUGGCUGUGUUGGUUGUUGCUAAUGUAGUGUCGGCUGACCCUUAUGUGUACUCUUCUCCACCACCUCCAACGUAUGAGUACAAGUCACCACCACCUCCUUCUCCUUCUCCGCCUCCACCUUACGUGUACAAAUCUCCACCUCCUCCUUCACCUUCUCCCCCGCCUCCAUAUGUUUAUAAAUCACCUCCUCCUCCUUCUCCGUCUCCACCACCACCAUAUGUAUAUAAGUCUCCACCACCUCCAUCGCCUUCUCCACCACCACCAUAUGUAUACAAGUCUCCACCUCCCCCAGAGCCAUCACCACCUCCACCAUAUUACUAUAAAUCUCCUCCGCCACCUUCACCUUCACCUCCGCCACCAUAUUAUUACAAAUCUCCACCACCACCCUCACCUUCACCACCGCCACCAUACUACUAUAAAUCUCCACCACCUCCUUCGCCUUCUCCACCACCACCUUACUAUUACAAAUCUCCUCCACCACCAUCACCGUCACCUCCACCACCCUACUACUAUAAAUCUCCACCACCUCCUAAGUCUUCACCACCCCCACCUUACUACUACAACUCCCCACCCCCACCCAAGAAGUCACCUCCACCACCAUAUUACUAUAGUUCUCCAUCACCCCCGAAGAAGUCUCCUCCUCCACCAUACUACUACAACUCUCCUCCACCACCAAAGAAAUCACCUCCUCCACCAUAUCACUACACUUCUCCACCACCACCGGCUAAGUCACCUCCUCCACCAUACUACUACAUCUCUCCUCCACCACCUAAGAAAUCGCCUCCUCCACCGUAUCACUACACUUCUCCACCACCACCGGCUAAGUCACCUCCUCCACCAUACUACUACAACUCUCCUCCACCACCAAAGGAAUCACCUCCUCCACCGUAUCACUACACUUCUCCACCACCACCAGCUAAGUCGUCUCCUUCACCAUACUACUACACUUCACCACCACCACCCACUCACUAUUAUCCUCCACAUCAUCACUUUGUGGUCAAGGUUGUUGGAAAAGUUUACUGUUUUAGAUGCUAUGAUAAGGAUUACCCAGAAAAGUCUCAUGCUAAGAAACACCUCAAAGAUGCUGUUGUUGAGGUAACUUGCAAAGCUGGUGACAAGAAAAUUGUGAGUUAUGGUACCACUAAGAACAAUGGUAAAUUUAGCAUCACAGUUGAAGGAUUUGAAUAUCGCAAAUAUGGAGCAAAGGCUUGCAAGGCUAAACUCCACAGUGCUCCUAAGGAUUCAAAGUGUAGCAUUCCUACAAAUCUUCAUUGGGGAAUUAAGGGUGCUAACCUCAAAGUGAAGUCAAAGAAUAAAUAUGAAGUUGUUCUCAAAGCUAAACCAUUUGCUUAUGGUUCUAAGACACCUUAUGCAAAAUGCCUAAAACCCAAGCCUACACCUGCUCCGUACUAUUACAAAUCUCCUCCUCCUCCGUCACCAAAAUAUGUUUACAAGUCACCACCUCCCCCAACACCUACAUACCUUUAUAAAUCUCCACCACCACCAACUAAGUCUCCACCACAUUACUAUUACAAAUCUCCUCCUCCACCAUCACCAAAACCUACACCAGUAUACUAUUAUAAAUCACCACCACCGCCAUCACCAAAACCUGCACCAGUAUACUAUUAUAAGUCACCACCACCGCCAUCACCUUCUCCCCCACCUCCUUAUUACUACAAGUCUCCUCCACCACCAUCACCAAAACCUGCACCAGUAUACUAUUAUAAAUCACCACCACCGCCAUCACCAAAACCUGCUCCAGUAUACUAUUAUAAGUCACCACCACCACCAUCACCUUCUCCCCCACCUCCUUACUACUACAAGUCUCCUCCACCACCAUCACCAAAACCUGCACCUAUAUACUAUUAUAAAUCACCACCACCACCAUCACCAUCUCCUCCUCCACCAUACUACUACAAGUCUCCACCACCACCAUCACCAUCUCCGCCACCACCAUACUACUACAAGUCCCCACCCCCACCAUCACCGUCUCCUCCACCACCUUACUAUUAUAAGUCCCCACCGCCACCAUCACCUUCUCCCCCUCCACCAUACUACUACAAGUCUCCUCCGCCCCCAUCGCCAUCUCCUCCACCACCAUACUACUACAAGUCUCCUCCACCCCCAUCGCCAUCUCCUCCACCACCAUACUACUACAAGUCUCCUCCACCCCCAUUGCCAUCUCCUCCACCACCAUACUACUACAAGUCUCCUCCACCUCCAUCGCCAUCUCCUCCACCACCAUAUUACUACAAGUCUCCUCCACCCCCAUCCCCAUCUCCUCCACCACCUUACUACUACAAGUCUCCACCACCCCCAUCACCAUCACCUCCACCACCCUACUAUUACAAGUCUCCUCCUCCACCAUUUCCAUCACCACCUCCACCUUACUACUACAAGUCACCACCUCCACCGUCACCUUCUCCUCCACCUCCCUACUAUUACCACUCACCACCUCCACCAGUAAAAUCUCCUCCUCCCCCCUACUACUACAACUCACCUCCUCCACCCGUGAAAUCACCCCCUCCACCAGUAUACAUGUACGCCUCCCCACCACCUCCGACCCACUACUAAGUUCUAAAAAGAGCUUAGCCAUUCUCCAUAACCAAUUAUAUCCUAGUUUGAGGAGAAGCUCCAAACAUCAUUGGGAUAAAGCAGUCAACAUGGAGCAAUUUGUUUCUUCUCUUGUGGCUUUCUUGCACAUUGUUAUCAUUGUAUCAACAACUUAUUUAAUUAUUCCUCAUAGGAAGAAAAUAAUUUGUUAGUGGUCCUUUAAGGUGUAUCUCACUUUGAUAUCUUAAGGCUUUAAUUUAUUCAUUUUUCCAUUAGUUAUAACUACUUGUUUUGUGUAUCUUCAUGUGCUUUAUGUACCAAAUCAAUAAAAGAUAAAAUUUGUUCUUUUUCA